UCAGGACGCUGACUGAAUACACGUUGCUUUAUAUUGAUUUAUAGUGUUUAAUUUAGGCAAGUGCAAAAACUGGAUUUUGUGUAAUUUUUAUUGACUUUAGAUAUGGCGGCAUUUAAAUCACAGCUCCGGGAAUUGACGGAAGCACAGAAACAGGAGGCAUUUGAAAAAGCUUGUAAGGAAGCGGAUUUUACCGAGGGUCGUCUUGUACGUAUUACGGAAGAAUAUUACCCAACAGCUUUAGAAUUUAUUCGGACAAAUUUUCUGCUUCAAGAACCAAUCGAGAAGGCCCUUGGUGUACCAUGGAACGAUGAAGUGAAGGAUUUCUGGUUGUCAAUGUACAAAUGUAAUAUUUCCAUUAUGUUACUAGCAGACGAUGGUGACGUCAUAGCUAUUCGGACCUCUCGUUUUUUAACGUAUGAUGAGGUACCAGAUGACGACGCUAUACAAACGCCGACUCUCCGAUUGCUCGAGGUGUUCUGUCAUAGGGGAGAAGCAAAAGCGGAUUUCUUCGGUCAUUUUGGUGCCAAAGAGUGCAUACAUUUUUUUGUCUCGGCACGAAAUGAUAAAUACAGACACCAUCACCUAGCAACCCGGAUGUUAAACGCUUCUGUAGCAUUUAUUUCGAAGCACUUGCC